AGCCGGCUCAAUCGGCUCUCUGACAGCGAGCGGGCAUCCGGUUCCUGGAUUACUGGAUGGAAAUGUCUGACACAGCCAAACCGGUGACAUCCUUCCUCAUCGAGGACAUCCUGUCCAAUAAGGACGGCGCAGGAUUUCGGGACAAAUGCUGCUUGCCGAAGAUGGAAAGGUGUUCGCAGUGGGGGGAGGAUUCUGAAAAUCUGUCAGCACAAGGUUGUGCUGAGGAGUCAACGUUUGGAAGGCAGACAGAUCCUCUGGACACGUCCUACUCCAGCUCUUCAGAGUCGAGUUUUGCCUCAACAGGGAAACAGAAGCGCUCCCGAGCCGCUUUUACACAUCUGCAAGUGCUCGAACUGGAGAAGAAGUUUAACCACCAGAAGUACCUGUCCGCCCCGGAGAGGGCUCACCUGGCCAGCACCUUAAGACUGACCGAGACCCAGGUGAAAAUCUGGUUUCAGAACCGGAGGUACAAGACCAAACGCAAGCAGCAGACCUCCGAGUUCUGUAAGGACGUGUACAAAGCAGAAGGACUGGGCCUGAGCGAGGAGCUGGUCCGAUCAUCCCUUAUCAGCUCCUUCUGCAAAGCCUAUCAGUACAGACCCUACCUGUGGGACUACAGCGGCACCUGGGGUCCAGUGCUAUGGUGAAAAUGACCUGUGACGUCUUCCGACAACCCAAAGAUUAGGAUUUUUAACUUCAGGCUCAGCGCUCACUUUUGUGUGUCAAUGUUUGCUCUCAUAACUUCAGCAGAGUUUUUUUUUUUUUUAUUCUCACAAACGCAUAUUAUCCUAAAAUCAUCCUGUGUGUUGUGUGGACAUGACGGGGGUUUGAAGAGUGAACGUUACCUCUCUGAACAAAGUUGUGGCACCGUUGAAUAUUUCAUAAAUAAAUUAUUGUUGUUACAGUUCUCUUGUCUUUGAAGCUCAGUGUUGAAUCUCGCUCCCAGCUUUGUUGCAGGGCAUAAAAUGUGUGGAACAUUUUAAAAAAUACACAAAAAAAGGGAUAACAAUGAGAGGAGAUGGCGCUGCGCUCACUGAUGCAACCUGUGUGUAAAUGGUGUGUGUAAAUGGUACAAAA